AUGUCUGCUAAGUGCGAAAUAUGCAACCAAGAGCCCUCUAAAUAUAAAUGUCCGAAGUGCGCAGUUCGGUACUGUUCUUUGUCGUGCUUCAAGGACCAGGAGAAGCAUGUUCAUAGCGAAAAAGAAGCAGAAGAGAAAAAGCAUGUGUCUGAUAGCGAAGGGCCUGAAGCAAAGUCGGAUACUGGAAGGCUACCGACUGAACAAUUUGAUGAAUUGUACCAGAACACUAAAGAAAUCCAGGAGCUGCUAAGCUACAACACAGUGAAAUUUCACCUUGCUAAAGUGUACAGAAUCCUGAAUAUAGGAGUGGGAGCGUUGGGCUCUUCGGAUACGCAGACGUCGGCAGAAGUUAAGCAACAGCUCGCAGUAGACUACCUGAAUACGCUCAGGUACGGAGGGGUUCACUACAACGAAGCCAUUGAAGAGUUCUGUCAAGUGAGCCUAGCCAAGCUGUCGAAUGAAAGUUAG